AUGGGACGCAAAGGUCGUGACUCUUCAGAAAGCUCGGAGAGCGAUCGCCGUGCCAAGGAGAAGAAGACGCGGAAAGAUGACAAACGGAAGGAGCGUGGUCGCAGCCGCGGUCGCAGCAAAGAGAGGCGCAAGGAACGUUCGGCCGAGCGGAAGCCACCCCCGAAGCGUGGCCGCUCUGAGUCGGAAGAUUCAGAGUCAAAAUCGUCGGAUGACGAGGAGGAAAUGAAGGAGUUCUUGCUCAGCACGGACAUGCCCGAGGAUCAGAUGUUGUCAAAGAUGAUGGGGUUCAGUGCCUUUGAUAGCUCCAAAGGCAGAGACCACAGCACCAGCGACCUCAGCGAUGUCAAGCGGGCCACAAAGCGCCAGUACCGUCAGUACAUGAACCGUCGUGGUGGCUUCAAUCGGCCACUUGAUGCGGCAUUCUGA